AUGGCCGCUGUGCACGAGAGGACCCUGAGACCGGGAGGACCAGGGCGCCCACCAUCGAAGCCUCCGACCAUCGUCAAGAGCCAGUCUCUGUCCUCGCUGAAGCAGUCGCAUUCGGUCGACAUCCGGCGCAGAGUGCUGGCAGCUGUGGACAAAUACCCGGGCCUGAAGAACGCGGAGGAGUACGUGGCAGCGAAGGCAGGCGCGGCCCGGGAAAAGGACCGGCAGGCGGAGAAGGAGUACUGGGGCAAUUUGAGGAAGUUCAAGGACGAUGCCCAGUCCGUGUUCAAGCUUCCGUCUGACAGCUACGCGGGCAAGCGAAGCGUGCAGGAUGAGAUCAUGGAGAAGGUGGAAAAGGGCCAAAGAGCCUUGCAAGAGACGGAUGAAGCCUACAAGAUGUGGCUUCAGGCGAUGCACGAGAGGACAGAAGAGAAGAAGCAGGAAAAGAUCCAGCAGAGGAAGCUGGACAUCGAAGAGGCGCAGCAGCGCAAGGUUGACUUGCAGGCACAGCUGCAGAAGGAGCUUUCAGAAAAGUCCGCCGGCUUCAAGGAGAAGGAGAAAGCCUACUGGAACUGGCUGGCGGAAGCCAAGCAGGCCGUCCAGGCGCGACCUGGGGUGGCGCCGAUCCAGAAGUUCGAGGUGCGAAGCGUGGAGGAGCUCGUAGCAGAAAAGAAGGCCGCCUUGAACAAGGAGGUGACCGCUCGGGAGCAGGAGUACAGGUCGUGGCUGGAAUCCGUGAGCAAGCCCAAGUUCAAGCUCCCGUCCCAAGCCGUCAACACGCCUGCGCAGCGGCAGAUGAUAAUCGCCGAAAGUGCCAAGCGUGGGCUGGAGAAGUUGAAUGCCACCACUGCAGAGUACCAGAAAUGGGUCAAGGACAUGGAGCAAGAGAAGCACGAGACAAUGAUGCAGAAGGUCAAGGAUAAGCUCAAGGCGGACCGUGAGGACAUCGAGCGUCGCGAGUUCGCCAUGCAAGCCCUUCAGGCGGGCGUGAGGUUCAGGAAGUUUGGUUUAGAGAUGUUUACGCUGUUUUGUUUGAGGGGGAAGAGUGCCAAGGUUGACUUGUAA